GAUGCUGAUGGCAUGGCUUUGAUUCAACACAUCUGUGUUUGCGUCUAAUCCAAUUACUUGUCUGAUGAGACACUGACGGCAUUGUAUGCCGCUAUUUCGAAAUAACUUCAGAGGUUUCAUAACCAUGCGUGAAUAUGUAUUAAGUUACAAAAGUGCUUAGCCAAGAAUAUUGUUUGGCCUGGAUUUGAAGCUUUGGGGACAGAAACCGAGUCAGCUGAUUCACGGACCCGAUCCAAGGGUAGACGGCGCACCGUCCUCAUUUUGUGUGGUUCCACAUUUGUUGAGCUUGCACACUUUUAUUUCAGGAUUCCCUUCGACAACUACUGUUUUUGACAAAAAAUAUAACUUUUUCGAUGGAUGUUGUUGUGCAGUCAGCGGGAGCAUUUGUUGCCUUUAUUGCUACUGCUUUGCGCUCGUUCACUGACCUGUUUUUGACGCAGCCGUCGAGGGCCACCCUCAAAUAUCUAGAGGAGACUGAACUUAAACCAUCGAGAGGAGAGCUUAUUCCUUUUAAGGCCAAACAACUAUGGGAGAUGUCGGGAGCAGUUGUCAUGGCUGUAAGGCGGCCUGGGUGAUUUUUGUGCAGAGAGGAGGCUGCUGAGCUGUCCUCUCUGAAGCCUCAGCUCGAUGAGCUCGGGGUCCCCCUUUAUGCCGUGGUGAAGGAGGACAUGGGUACAGAGAUCCAGAACUUCAGACCCUACUUCAGUGGGGAGAUCUUUGUGGAUGAGAAGAGACAUUUUUAUGGACCCCGCGAGCGUAAAAUGGGUCUGUUGGCAUUCCUCCGAGUGGGAGUUUGGAUGAACGGCCUCCGGGCCUUCAAAAGGGGCUUCCUGGGAAAUGUGUUUGGAGAAGGCUUUGUGCUCGGUGGGGUGUUUGUCAUUGGAGCAGGACAGCAGGGCAUACUUCUGGAGCACAGGGAGAUGGAGUUCGGGGAUAAGGUCAACAUUCUGGAGGUCCUGAAAGCUGCCAGAAAAGUAGAAAGAGAGCUGGUAGCUUUGGAAAAUAAGUAAUAUACCUUUGUUGGAAAAUUAACAAAGAACUCCACCUGACCUGUUUUGUUUCUAAAGUGUCAGAGUGAUUCCAGUGAGUUAUGGAAGGGAGUGGAGGAUGUCUUGCUUGUAGUUUGUGUUCUUUCUGAGACCCACAGAGUCGUGCCCUGUUUGUGUACUGUGUUGGUUUGAGUGAUUAUGAAGGUCUGUGUCUAAACUCUGUGGAGGGACCAGGCCGGAGGCUUUACACUCAAGUCUCCCCUUUACACUUAACACCUGUCAAAGGCUUCCCAAGGAGUGACCUCUCUGUAUAACAAUAAAAGUCUCAUCAUGCACCA